ACCCCCUCCUUUUCUGCGUUGCUGGCACACCAGAAGGCACGUUAAAUCCCCCCGAGCCCGCUGCACACUGUCUGCGGCCUCUCAGCUCGCUGACUGUCCGCGGCUCGAGGAGAAGCAGGAGACAAUGUGGUAACAUUUAUGUUGCCCCGUCCCUGCCAGUUCGGAUGGGCGAGAAUAUAAAUAGAAGGAACAUAAUGCCCUUGGACGUUCGAAAGUAGCAACCGCCUAGCUACAGCCACUGACGGGAUGCCACUGCCGCUGAUUACUGGUCCAACAGAGCAAGUCACUGUUGACACAACUCGGUCGAGGCAAGCUCACCAUGAAAAGGUGGCCCUGGACACAGCUCGAGCAGGCUGACUCUGGGCCAAGGAAUGAUGGCUACGAAACCAUUUCAUGCCGUCGUGGCCUAAAGAGCACGGCGCAGCCCAAGCCGGGGAAGUGGCUUGCUCCCGUUGCGCCAGCUGAAACAAGCCUCGGGGAUGCGUGGUGAUCGGGAAACAAUGAGAAAGAGAAAGAGGACAAGGAGAAACCAGAUGCCGAUGAGAAGGCGAAUGAGGCAGAGUGGAACGGGACGUUCGGGAUGGAAAUAGCUUCUGCGCUCACAUGCAGAAGUCCCUUGUUGCACAGAAUGCGAUAUUCGUCGUCCUUCGAAAGCCCGUUCUGGUUCCAAAACUCUUCCCAAACUUGCGGCAUUCUCGGGUGGGCUGCGGAAACUGGAUGCGCACGCCAUCCUUCAAUAUAAUCGGCUUGUGUUCAUCGGGUACCGAUGGGUCCAUGAUGGUGCAAUUCUUGUAGCGGGAGAUGUUGAACUGUAAGGUCGUGUUUCGCUCCAGCACACCUGGCACUCCUUCCUGCAACCCUGACACUGGCAGUCGGAGAAACCAUCGAACGACUCGAAGAAAGGUUUCACGUGACUAGCCGCGGGUAUGUGUGGUCUCGAAAUCAGUCAAUGGACACGCGUCGUCGCGACCAAAAGCCCAGGUGCUAGGGCCCCACUGCACAAGGUCUUGGCCGCGGCAGCACCCGCGGCGACGAACGGCCUGGCCUUGGUGCUGAGGGGCGUGCGGGUGCAGCUGACCGUCCGAUCGGAAGUUGCCGGCACCUUGAGCAGCAGCGCGUCGAAUGGCGACUCGAAAGGUAACCCGAGCGGCGUGCCAGCAGCAACCGGCGAGUGCUCGCGCGAUCCAAUCGAGGAGGGCCUGCCAGCAUCGAGCCCGGCCAGGACGGCCGAGAGACCAUCGUCGCUCGAGGACCUGGGCGAGUCGUCGGGGAGGAGGGCGUCGAGCUCCAGAAUGUCAGCCCACGCGAGGGCGGGGCAGACGGGGCACAGCACAACGGGCUCGGGGACAGCACUGGCGCCGACUGCACGCGCCGAAGGCCGCCGCGGUCCUGCGCGCAGAGCCCCGCGCCGCAGCCCAGCGUCGAAAGCGGGCGAUCAUCUGAAGAAGCAAAACUGGUGAUUGCCGGCGCCAUCACGGUGCAAAGUCCGAACGGUCGGCGGGAGCUCAGCUUCGUAGCCAACCUUGAGUUCUGAUAUGCCAAAGCCACGCGCCCUCAACUGAACGAAUCUUAGAUCGUAUGGGCUGUGCCUCUUGGGGCCUCCUGGGGGCCUCC